GUCUUAAUAGAGUUCCAGGUCAGGGCCUUCUCCCAUCUCCCUCGGCCUCCGCCAUGGCGAAUAGUAGCGGCUGCGGGACAGUGGCGGGGGCUGCGGUGGCGAAUCCGAAUGUGGUGAUGGAGACCAUGGACGUUCUGCUGGAGAUUUCAAGAAUUUUGAAUACUGGCUUAGAUAUGGAAACUCUGUCUAUUUGUGUACGGCUUUGUGAACAAGGAAUUAACCCAGAAACUUUAUCAUCAGUUAUUAAGGAACUUCGCAAGGCCACUGAAGCACUCAAGGCUGCUGAAAAUAUGACAAGCUGACUUUCUGGAGAAAUCCUGAUGAGCUAUAUCAAGCUCUGCAGGAAGAUUUGAAGAUUGCAUUGGAGUCAAGAAUGUACAGUGAAAUUGCUGCAUGCAGCAGUGUAGAAACAUUUUCCUUUUUUAAAAGAAUUAUAAAACCAUAGCCUUAUAAAUCAGUGGAAAGUGGCUUACAGCGAGAACUAUCAGAUGUGUUUAUGUCACAUCUUAGUUUUUUUUUAACAGCUCUAGUGCGUCGGCAUUGCUCUGUUCAUACUGAUGUGUUCCUUAUUUAUAGCUCUGAUAGCUCUAAUUUUCUAAGCAGUCUGUCCAUCAGUUGUGCACGUCUCCUGUGCCUGGUUGAAGUACAGUGGAACCCAUGAGUAGAAAUGUAGUAAUGACUCGUUGACAUUUCCAUUAUAAACUUUCAUUUUGAAUUGUUUAUGCAUAAUAACUGUGGAUUUAUGUUGCGUGGGGCUGAAAGUUGACAAAAUUUCAGCCACCGUUUGUGAAUUUGGUUUAGAUGCACUACGUAUAUCAGAAUCUUGUUUUUUAUAAGAGCAUCGAAAACAUGUCGUAAUCUGCUCUUUAACGAAGAAUAUUGAGUUUUUUAAACCCAGAGUUUGGCAGUUAUUAGUGAGAACCAGAUUGUUUCUGUAUUGAUUUCAAAAUAGAACUUUGCGAAACUUAGAUUUUAAAAGUAAUGACUAUCUUAUUAGCUUCGUAUUUAUCAUUUGAAUCAUUUAAAUUUAAUGAGAAUAUUAAUUGAGAAUGUUUUUCUUUCUAAGUUUUGUACUCUGUAAAUGAUGGCCUAAAAAACAUAAAAGGAAACAUUUCCAACAUGCAAAA